UAUUUUCAGUUUUGAAAAAUGUAGUAAUGUCUACAUUCAAAGCAGCUAUUUUAAAAUUUUUCUUGGUUAACACAUAAUUAAGCUACUUUCAUGUACCUAAGGUUGCUGUUAAUGUUUGGCCUAAUUCACCCGAAAUUAUCGUGAAUUUAGUUAUUUGUCUUGACUUACCUGACUCAUCCUCGCAAAUGGCAAUAUAUUCAACUUUAAGUGAUGCUAUGAGCUACAAAGUAUACGAUUUGGUGCCAAAUUCUCUUACCGCCAAAAGUUUAAUCAGUUCUGGCAGUACAAAUUCAAACUACAAACGACGUAAAAGCAAGAACAAGUCAGUCUAUAUCUCUAAUAAUCAUAUGCACUUGCGUGCCCUCACUGAAGAAAAAUCCGAAAACAAGCUCUUAUCUUCUUUUCAACUAGCUGCGAAAUUGUAUAAAUCUAAUUCUGAUGAAUUCAAAACGCCUCAGAAAAUGAGUAAGAAGAGCAACAAAAAGUCCGUGUUGACUCUUCCUAAUGAGCCAGCUGUACUGCCUCAGUCUUGCACUGUAAGCGAUAUGAACGACAGCGAAUAUUUCAAACGUAUUCACAAACCUAAGGCGCAAAAGACGAAAAAAAGCCAGCCUCGGAAGAAAAAUCCCAAGCUACCAGAUUACAACUGUGAAUAUUAUGACAGAGACGCAGACUACUGCUCCCAAAUGAACGUAUACCUAGAUUGUAGUUCUGUAGAUGUUGUUAAGAAUUUUAAAGGCGACUGCCGGAGAAAAGCAAGAGAUUCUUAUAAUUCCAAAACUGAAACCAAUGCACCGUCUCCAUCUGAUGUUUGGUCUGUGUUGAGGAAUAUGAAUAGAUUUCAAUUUUAUCCAUCUCCACCCAUGUCUGAUGACAGUAACUACGAGAUAAAGCCGAGAAAAAAAGUAGUCAAGAAGAAACUUAAUAGAGGCGUUUAUGAGACGUGCCGAACUGAGCAGAUUUAUUUCCAAACUGAGCUUAAUGUUCCUGGAGAUGGCAGUCUUUCAGCGUCUUCUCAGAUAACCGUGAUCGACAAAAAUGAAGAACUCAAUAAAUUUUGCAAAAAAGUGGAAAUUACAUCUUUUGAACAGAAUGUACCACUGGUUACUCCAAAGAAUAAGAAGCAAGAUUCGCCAAAGUCUAAUAACAGAAGAUGUAGAAAUUCCAACCUUAAAUUUACAACAAAGAAAAAUUCCGCUAGCAAAGAUACGCUCAUUGACCAAAAAUCUAAACUAUCUGAAGUAUCGAUGAAGCCAGAUCAAACAUUAAAUAGAGGUGAUGGCAGCUUUGAAGAUUCACAGACAAAACAUAUUUGUACGACAGUUGAAGUGCAAACCGAAACGGAUAGUGAUAACAAAAAAGAUGAUAAACCUCAAAUAAAUUCUAACGUUCGUGUACACAAUGCUGUAAGCAACACCGGGAGUAUGAGCGGUGAUAUACCGAAACAAAUUAUGAACAGUCGUCUGGACAUGAGAGCGCCUCCCCGACGUCCUUUACCAAGUCGGGUACCCUGGACUAGCACUCAACCGCGUCCCAAUAUUCCACCGGAUCGCCCCUUAACAAAUGCUUCUAAAGUUAUACUCAUUCCACCUCAUGGCUUGAUGUUUUCCAAACUACAAGACAGCCCUAGAGUCCCUUACCAGGCCACAGCGGAUCCAAUGCACCCGUUAACUCAAACCGCCAUACGCAGAAUUGUAGCCAAAAUCAAAUUCCCAUUGGUUAUUUUGGAAAAAGAUCAAGUCAGUGGCACAUUUGAACUAGAACAUUACGAUAACCCACAAUUCAGAGGAUUAGAUGAGCAUAUGUGGCCUUUCAUGGUCAAUUGGAUGGAGAAACCUAAAUCACCUGAAUUUGAAACGGCGGCGCAAUUUAAAAAGCAAACUUUCAAGGACAAAGGGCCUAUUUCGACAAACUUUGAUUGUACAGUUCGCAACAAAAAGAAACAGAUAAGUUCAACUCUCAGUAACGUGGAAUCUAAACAGAAUAGUGUCGCCAAAACAAAACCAGCAUCCCGAUUCCGAGAUAACAUAUUGAAGCUUUUGUAUAAGAAGACUUCUAAUCAAACGAUGGGUAAUGAUAUCUUACCUAAACGUGUCCAGCGGGACGCGAAUGUGAACCCGUUGCCAAUCAGCAGCAAUAACGUUGGUUCAAGCAAAUGUAAGACAUUGAGCGUAGUCACCAGCAGUAGCUCCAUAGCAAAAUCUCGAGCAUUGAUUCCACCUCGAGCGAGCGGUCCAUCUCGAGCGAGGAGUCCACCUCGGGCGAGGACUCCACCUCGAGCGAGGACUCCACCUCGAGCGAGGAGUCCACCUCGAGCGAGGACUCCACCUCAAACGAGGACUCUAGUGAGAACAGAAAAACCAAGUUUUCCAACAUCACCCCUGCCGCCGACAUCACCGUCCAAAAUUUUUAUACCCCCGAAAAAACGUGAACCUCAAAGAAUGUGGGGUAAAGCCAAAUGGGCGAGUGAUUUUAUUGAAAAUGUUAUUAAUAAGAUUAAAUGUGGCAUAUAUACUAGCGAACCGCAAACGAAGAAUAUAAAUUUGCAAAAACCUCCUCAGAAUCGCACAAGCGAUACCAGUGACUUAAACAAUAUUACAGAUGCAAAGGAGGUGUCCAUUCAGGUGACCAUGCCCAUAAUUACAGAAGAUUUCACGCCAAAAGUCACUAUACAAAAGAAAAGGGAACUUACUGUAAUGUUGCCUGGAUUUGAUGAUGCUAUGCCGCCACUGGAAAUAAAAUCAAUGACUCGGAACUUAAUCGCAGUGAAGCAUUGCAUUAUGAAUGUUUUACUACAAUUUGACGUGAACGUACCGCCAGAAGCGGACCAAAGCGGUCUCGCCAUCAAGCUUUCUACUUCUUGCAUACCUCUCUCUGCAACAAAGAGCAGGACCAAAGUAUUUAAAUGCAAAACUGGUAUCCUUAAUGCUGCAUUGCCUGCUGAACUUUGCAGCAUUAUACCGAGGGUGAUGACGCAAUUUUUGAAUAAAGACACGCCACCGCCCCUAACAUUAAACGAACCAAAGAAAAAUGCAUCUUUAAGCACCAUAUCUGAAUACACGACGACAUCUGAUAUCCAGGAGCCAAGCAUAUUUCCAUUGUUGCCUCAAAUAAGAAUGUCUUCAGAGCUGAUGAGAUUAAGAAACGGGAGAUUCUCGAAAAAUCCAAAGUCGUGGGCAGAAAUGUCAAAUGAAAACAUUUACAUCAUUUCAAUAAAGGAAUUUCCAUAUCAGUACCGUAACAUAGUAGGAAUAUUGUCACCGCAAACAUCACUAUACCGUCAAGACAUUGUAGUACAUCCGAGUUGCGCGUUAGUACUGAAUUCAACCAAAACUCAAUGUAUUUCGUCGAAUCUUCCAAGUCAAAAUUCUGCAUCUAAACCUAAUUUAUGCACAGAUUUAGUUCCGUAUACAGGUAAUAAACUAUCAUAUGGUGGAUGUAUAGUACAAAAUACACAACUGAUAGCGUUAAAAGAACUCUUCAAUAAAAUGUUACAAGUCAAUACAAAUUCUCUCUCGGAGUAUUUACCUACCAUCAAGAUGCAAACCUUUAAUAAUCAUGUCUACGUGAACUUGACUAUUGGCAACCAUCAGGGAAUAGGUGCUUCUUUGUGCAUCGACACUACACAUUUUAAAUAUAAACCGCUAAGCAUUGUUACUACGAUAAUGUCAUCCACCGCUACUGUGAAAUAUGAACGUUCUGAGAAACAAAUUGAGUACAUAAAACUUGCGGAGAUAAAAGAAUCUAACAGAACAGAAACAAGAAAACUAGUGCCGAAUUCAUCAAUGACUAAAAUUAGAAAGAAAGGUCACGUGAGAUACGUACAUCUUUAUAAGAAAUGCAAAUCCACUUCGCACAUCGUAGCGGAACGAAGGAGCACGCCUUUGAGUAAAGUGACGAAUUUGGACGAAUUCUUUCAAGCAAUGGGCGCGGGGAAACUGCUAUCCAGUGUUUUUGAUGGCAGUUGUGAGAAGAAACUUCUGGCGUUCGUUUCAGACCUGAAAACUUACAUUUCGGGAAUAACACCGAGGCAAGCUUUAUUAGUCAUGUUACUGGCAAACAAGAAAGAUACGUGCAAUUUAAUAAGAUUUCGGCCCGUAAUCCUGCAGGGAAUAGCGGUCCAUAGGAUCACAUGCGCUAGCGAGUUGAAUAUGGAAGUCGAGGUCAUUGAAAAGGAGAAAUUCAAUAGUAUGCCAGAGUAUCCGGACGUGCCUCCCUCGUUAGAAAGUAAGGAAAAUAACGAUAAUCUUUUGGAAGAAUUGAUUUGGAUAGCGAAAACUACUGCAUCGGAUUAUCAGAGACAGUUCGACGGAUCCUCUGAAAAACUGCUAAAGACCCUAUUAGGGAAGAGAAAGAGGUUGAACCCAUCGUACCUGCGAGUGAUGGCGCGCUACGUGGGCCUCGGGCUUUUGAAAACUCCAGUGAAUCGCUGAACUCUGAACCUGUGCAGUUUGGAAUUUGCUUUGCUUUGAAAUUGUUUGUGAACGUCUGUUUCGUCAUGUAUAUUAUCUUGUGGAAUUAUCUAUUCAUCAUAAAUUAUUAGGUUCGGAA